AUGGUGAUCCUGACCGAAUUCCUAAUCACGGUGUUCAUUCUUGCCGAUAUCUUGGCGGAGCAAUUCCCCCAUCUGCGCAUCAAGACGAUGGGUUCGUGGUUGGGCAGCACCAAAAAAAUGCCCAUCGACGUGCUCAUUAGCACCGUCGGGGUUGCGGGGACCGGAAUCACCCUCACGGCCGCGCGAUUCAUCAUGCUCUUGGAACCGCAAUCGUGCCCUGUGGCGGAAUUACAGGUGCUCGCUCGCAUUUGGCGGAUCGGACAGCCUUUUCGGACCUUUGCGAAGACCCUCCUCGACCAAUCCACUUGCCUGACAAAGACUGCGAAGGACAACGCGGCGUUCAAUCAGCUGGUGCAGGAGGUCUUUGAUGAUGUGUCCAGCGAUACCUAGAAUGCAGGUGAGUCCGAGUCCGACGCAGUGGUGGUAGUUAUGGACACGUACUAUUGAGCUUUGACGAGAAAUGCUAAUCUCUCAGCUACACCCGACACUAGUACAGGUAAGUCCGACCUUUCAGAUACGUUCCUGAUCUUUUCCAUCAUUCCUCCAAAUUGCCUUAUACUCUAAUAUUCACAAAUUGAAAACCCCUGUGACAGUCCUGGGCUUCGCCCAGUCUGUGUUUGUAGCCUUGCGGCCUGAGAAGGACGGAUGGGAGCCGCCUGAGAAGGAAGGAGCCGCCUAUAGCAAA